AUGGAUGUCCCGGAAGCUACUCUUGAACUACAUUUAAAGAAUUGUGGACAAAAAGAAGUGAAAAACGAGGAAUAUAGUGGAAUAAAAGCAAUUCAUGUAUCAACGGGAGGAGAUUCUCAAGAUAGCGAUACAGACGAUGGCGAUAAUGAUUGUUCCGACAUGAAAAACGAUGAAUACGAAAAUGAGCUUUGUCAAGCUUUUAAGCUUCUGUCUUUCGGUGGCACUAAACGGAAGGCCAAUGAAGAGCCCGAAAGUAACGAGCUUCCAGAGGAGGGUUGUGACAAUGGCGUUGAUAAUGAUUGCAGUGUACAGGUAAACAUUUCAACCGAUGAUCAAGAAUCCAGCAAAAAAGAUGACUAUCAUAGCUCGGGUGAAUCUAGUAUGACGCUCGAAUUAAGUAGUGGAGAUGAGGACGAACAGCAAUACUUUCCAUCAGAUUGUGGCGGUGGUGAUGCCGAUUUGAAUUCGAAUUCUGAUCCCAGGCGUCAAAUAAUUAAAGUUAACGUUGUACAUAAGCGCCGCGAACGUGAUCCGGAAGCUUACAAGAAAUGGCUCAAAGCAAAAAACGAAGAGAUACGUAAAAAUCGUGAGAAGGAGAUGCAGCAUCAGCAGGAAAUUGAACGGCAGAAAGUGCUGGAAAAAGAACAGCGCAAGGAAACUAAUAAAAAAAAGAUCCAAGAAUGGAUGGAGCGAAAGAAGCAGUGCGAUACAAAGAGAAGCAUAAAACCUGUAAAAGACAAACUGUCUCAUACACCGUUCGAACAUCUCCAGUGCAAUACCGACACUACUUACAACAAUUGGUUAUUAAAAGUUCGAAAGCAAGAAGAAGAGAACAGAUUACGAAAUCUCGCGGUGAAGCAGUUGGAGCAGAAGAUACAGCAGGAGAAAAAGAAAAUAUCAGAAGAAAUUUACCAGGAAUGGUUGAAAAACGCCAAAUAUAAACCGAAACCGGUCCCACUAAACCAAGGGCCCAAUACUUUGCGCGGAACUGUAUCGAAGAUUUUCAUCAAUCCCGAACCGUGGAAGAGCAACAUUGAAUGA